CUUUAAUUCUUCCCCUGUUUGGUAAGCGAGAAAAUGCAAGAACAAGCAAACAGUUCAAUAGCGGCCAGUUCUCUCCCAUCUAGUAGCGAGAGAUCUUCCAGCUCUGCUCUUCAAGUUGAAAUCAAAGAAGGUAAAAAUCGUCACCGCCAAGCUUUUAAAAAUUUUGAGUUUUUUUUGUCUUUGUGAUUUCAGAACUUCUCCGAAAUUUCUCAUUUGGGUUUUCUGUCAAAGGCGAUGUUUUGAUGUUUUCUCGUUAAGGUAUGGAGAGUGAUGAAGAGAUCCGGAGAGUGCCGGAGCUGGCCGGCGAAGCAGCUGGAGCCUCGGCAGCCGGUCGAGAUGGCGGUUCGGUAGCCGGUCCGGAUCGGGUUCAACCAUCUGGGGUAGGUCAGAGGAAGAGGGGUCGGAGCCCAGCUGAUAAGGAAAACAAGCGCCUGAAGAGGUUGUUGAGGAACAGAGUUUCAGCGCAGCAAGCAAGGGAGAGGAAAAAGGCUUACUUGAAUGAGCUGGAGACCAGAGUUAAAGACUUGGAGAAGAAGAACUCUGAGCUUGAAGAGAGUCUUUCCACUUAUCAAAACGAGAAUCAGAUGCUUAGACAAAUAUUGAAGAACACAACUGCGAGCAGGAGGGGAGGAAGUACUGGUUCCAAUGCAGAUGGGACGUUGUGAGGUUAAAAAAUCAUGUAGAGAGCUGAGGGAAGAAGGUAUUGUCUGCCCAUAUGUUGAAUUGGUAGCAUGACCAUAGAAGCUUGGUAAUAUUAUUCCUAAGUUAUCUUUGAUUCAUUGGACCGAUCAUGCCAACUUUAUAUAACUUAUAUUGCCCUCCCAACAAUAUACUAGCAAAUUCAAUCCUGUCCCGGCCCGAGUAAGCAAAUCACGCUAUGUAGGGAUUGAAGGAUUGUUAAUAUGUUAUGUUGGUGUUGGGUUUUAAUCCUUCUGGGGAAAUGUGCUAUUGAUUAUUGCGUCUCUUUUACGGUUGGAACUUGGAAAAGAAAGCAUCAUGCGGUGAGGAAUUUCCGUUUUUCUACGUAUUGUUAAACGUUCUUUAUCAAAUCACAUCAACAAAAAAUAAAGAAAAGGAGAAUGAAAUUACUUCGGUGAAAAGUUUUUCUAGGACGAUUAUUGCCAAACAGGAAUAGGUAGACGGAAAGAUAACCUUCAGUGUAGGAGAUUUGUUUUCCAUUCAAUAUUGUAAUUUCCUUAUAUGUCCAAAUGAAAACUUAGGUGCUAU